UUGAAGCAGCAUGGCUUAUUCCAAAGCAUGCUUUGUUUGUGCUAAUGUGCAAAACAAACAGAAAGAAGAAAAUAAAUCUAACCUCAAAAACUCUAAAUCAUUUAAAUUAGGUUAUUCGAUUUGUUGUGAAAUUUUUUAUGUUAAUUUAAAAGUAUAUUUCAUAUUUAACGUAUAAUUUUUUAAUAAUUGUAUAUUUUUAUACUUAGUUUUUAGAUUUAGUUAUAAUAUAGAAUAUAGAUUCAUGUGAUAUAAACUUUUCAGUUGGAGACUAGUGAAAUUAGUAAUAGUUUAUCAAACCAGUUUUAAAUGUAAAUAUCAAUGCAAUUAAUGAUUAGGAAAAUGGGUUCACUCUAGAUUGCCUUAUUCUUAAUGCAGUAUUACCAAUAAUAAUGUUCUAGUGUUUUAUGAUUAUGGAUUCUACAUGGGAAGAUUUUGUUGGAUUACCUGCUGAUCCUCCCUCAAAGCGGGAUAUCUGUGAUAAAUGCAAACGGCCAAGCAAUGUCUGCUGGUGCCCAUACCUGCCCAGCGAGCCGCUAAGCCCAGUAUCUCGUGUCGUGCUGCUGCAGCAUCCUGCAGAAGAGAAGAGAUGUCUCAGAACUGCACCAAUGCUGAGUCUUGGCCUGUCUCCUGGACGUUGUCUCAUUUACAAAGGAAAAAAGUUUCCUCAGCAGAGACAUGAUGGUCUGCUUGAGAUACUCUCUGACCCACAUUCGGUACUGCUGUAUCCGAGCAGGGCUGCCACUACAUUGGAUGAUUUACUGCUAACCUCCAAGCCUACCAAUCUUGUGAUCAUCGAUGGAACAUGGCCGCAGGCUAAGACCAUUUACAACAACUCACCAAUCCUACAUUCAAUGAAGCAAGUGAAGCUUGUGUUGGGAGUGACGAAGUGAGUAUGUGAUCCGCAGUCAGCCAACGGACGGAUGCCUCUCGACGUUAGAAACUGCUGCAGAGGCACUGGCGCUCGUGGAGCGGUCGGCUGCUUACAAGGCG